CUGGGCCUCCAACUCGGGGAACUGAAAUUUUGAGGGUGCGCACUGCGCUUAGAGGCGUAUUAUAGCUUGAUCCUCUCUUGUUCUGGGUCCGUCGGUUUGCUCUCUCUUUAAUCAAUUAUCUCCCCGUACCCACACCACACACAUUAACGCAAUAAACCUCCGCAGACCGCGAGGAAUUCCAUUGAGGCCACCUUCUUCUAUGUUCUCGUUUCGUUUAAUCAAAGUAUCGAUCUCGAUCUUCCCUGCGUUUCUCUCUUCAAAGUCGCUGAGAAUCGCUUGAUUCAGGCAUCAACAGGGUUUGAGCAAUAGGCUAAUCAGUGUAUUAAGCUGCAAUGCGGGCAUAUGAUAGAUAUGAAGCUGAAGAAUAUGAUGAGUAUGAGGAUGAAGGAGAAGAGCAAUAUGAAGAAGAUGGUGAAGAGGGGGAGGAGGAGGAAUAUGAAGAGGAAGAACAUAAACCAACAGAAGAAGAGUUGAAAAUUCUUGCAUAUAGGCAAAAGCUAAAAGAACUUCACAGAAAAAAUUUAAAAAAAGAAAAUGGUUAUGAUCGAGCUAGUUCUCAAAACAAAAAGAACCAACUUCCAUAUGACAAUUUUGGAUCCUUCUUUGGCCCUUCUCAGCCAGCUAUUUCUCAGAGAGUGCUUCAAGAAAGCAAGUCAAUAUUAGAGACCCAGCAUUUGGCUUCCAGGCUUUCAAAUUCCCAGCAUAAGAAUGGAAAGACCUCUGCUUCAAAUAUUACAGGAUCAAAGAAUGGAGUACAUAUUCGGAAACCUAAAGUCAAUGAGAUGCAAAGGAAAGUUGAAAGGAUUAAGGUAUCCAGAGAUUACUCCUUUCUAUCUGAUGAGGCAGUGCUUCCAGCACCUAAGAAGGAGCCUAUAACUCAAAAUGUCUCGGUUCCAAAAUCUGAGGCGCAAUCAGCUCAAGUACCACCAAGGAGCAAACAAUCAUUGGGCAGUAAUGGCAGAAGCAUUCAUGCUGCCCAUGAUGAAAGGAAAGUAAUUUCUUCUAAUGGCCACAUGCAUUUAGCUCGUGAUGACAGGAAAUCAGCUUCUUCUAAUAACCAAAUGAAUUUGGCUCGUGGAGAAAGAAAAAUAGUUUCUCCAAAUGGCCAAAUGCAUUCUAAAUCAGGAACUAACAGGCCAACUUCUGCAAGUAAACCCAAUUUGACACCAAUGGAUACUCGAAGGCAGCAUUAUAAUAGCAAUGGAAUAGGACCUGGCAAGCCUGCAGGACCAAAACCCCAGCCUUCGAAAAUGCCUGUGGCCUCUAUGCAGAAGAGGGCUUCUAUUCCUAUUCCAGUUGCAAAGAAUCACUUACCCGGUGCAAAGGUACCACCUUCUUCAAAGGCACUACCAUCUGUUCAGAAGAAACACUUAGAACAGAGAAGGGGCUCUGAAGAACUCCAUAGGAGUAAAACAAUACCAAAACAAAUGAUUGCUUCUUCAAAGCCGCAGAUAAGCAAGCCUAUGAAGCAAACUUCAUCACAUGCUCCAGAUACUCGCCCCAAGAAGAGACCAAGUUAUUCUGAUGAUGAAGAUGCCGAGGCUUUCAGUAUGCUCAGGAGCAUGUUAGGACCCCGUAAGUUUGCCACUUACGAUGAUGAUGAUGAUAGUGACAUGGAGGCAAACUUUGAGGAUAUUAUGAGGGAGGAGAAACGAAGUGCAAGAAUUGCACGACAGGAGGAUGAAGAACAACUUCGUCUUAUAGAGGAAGAGGAGAAGCGUGAGCAAAUGAGAAAGUUGGCGAAGAAGCGUAAGCUGAGCCAGCAGCAUUGAUUAUACAUACAUUUAUCACAGAAUUAGAAACCCAGAAGUCCCCUUUGGUUUUUUGUAUCUUCUUUCGUUGUAGUUCUAGCACUAAUUUGUGCCUUUUUCUCACAUAAAUUAUAGCCCUUCUGAAUUUAUUGUUUGUAGUGCAAGAAUACUUUCGCAGCGGCAGAUGUUGUGGGUGUAAAUAACAGUAAGGUUUUUGGCGUAUCAUUUUGAGAAAUAUUGGAUUUCAAUUAUUUA